AUGGGCUGUUUCCACUCUAAAGUAGGAGAUAAAUAUCAAGGGCAGGAGGACGCAAUGACUCUUGCAUCACAGACAACUUUCAGCGUCAGUGAGGUUGAAGCACUAUUUGAGCUUUUUAAGAGCAUCAGCAGGUCCGUCAUCGAUGAUGGACUAAUAAGCAAGGAAGAGUUUCAAUUGGCAAUUUUCAACAAUAGGAAAAAGGAGAAUCUCUUCACAAGUCGGAUCUUUGAUCUAUUUGAUGUUAAGAGGAAGGGAGUCAUUGACUUUGGUGACUUCGUCAGAGCACUAAAUGUCUUCCACCCAAAUGCACCUGAAGAUGUCAAGAUAGAUUUUUCAUUUAGGAUCUAUGAUUUGGACAAUACAGGAUUUAUUGAGCGCCAUGAGGUCAAACAAAUGAUAAAUGCACUUCUUUGUGAGUCUGAAAUUAAGUUGACAGAUGAGAUCAUAGAAACAAUCAUUCAGAAGACUUUCUUGGCUGCUGACCCUAACCAAGAUGGGAAAAUAGACAAAUUGGAAUGGCAAAACUUUGUGUCUCAAAAUCCCUCACUGCUAAAAAUCAUGACACUACCCUACCUGAGGGACAUAACGACAACUUUCCCAAGUUUUGUGUUUAACUCGAAGGUGGAAGACGACAUUGAGGUUUGA